UCUUGCAACUUCGACUUUUUGUCCGACCUUCCCGACUCCAGCGAUGGAGGGCGAUGGAGCGAUGCCGCAGUCCGAAGGUGAAAUCUCCCGCAAAAGUCAGGUUGACUUUGCAGAGGAGGAGCGCGCGUCCUUGCCCCGUGAGCUCCGUCGUAAGUGGGUUUCCUUGCGUGAGGAGUGGUCCAACUUCAUGGCACAGCGACAGGCGGAACAGGAUGCCUUUGUGGAGAAGCUGAUCUCGCAGAUGCCUUACCCAGGCGUACACCCAGGUUUGGACUCACGCGCUUCACUUCUCACCGUGACUCCCAAGGCUCCUUCUUCCGUUUUGCCUUCCCCGAAGCACUUGGCCUCUUCGGACCUGUCAUCACCUAUACCAUCUGCCAGCCGCUUUAGGUCUGAACACAUGUUGGUGUCGGAAGAUUUUGCCACCGAAGCUGCUUUCCGCAUGAAACAGUUCGAGCAUGAGGAGGAGGACUCCAUGCCCGUGCAUCGCACUCACAGUGUUCGUCACAGUCGGAAGAAAAGCUCUAUCAGCGAAGAGGAUGACAAGCUUCAUUCAGUACGGGAAUUUGAGGGCAGGACUUCGGCUUUGGAAGGCCUUGUGAUCAGCAUGAAGAGCAGCAAAAGGUUGCAUUUGUGGUGCAGCCAGUUGCCCUGUGGCAAAAGGUGCUUGAAAUCCAUCAUCAGCUGCAUGGAUUGGCUUUGCAGUCUGGAAGAGCCAGAAAGAGAAGGUUGCUGCAACUACAUUUUGGAGAGUAGCCUUUUUUGUAGCAUAUGCACACUUACAAUCCUGGCGAAUGUGGCUGUGAUCCUUUACACGGCCAACUACACCAUCGAACAAGGAAAUUUUCAGGUGCCAGCCGUAAUUACAGGCUUGGAUAUCGCAUUUUGUGUUGUAUACUUUGUGGAAUCUGCCUUGAAGCUGAUUGUACAUCGAGCAUACUUCUUUUGGAAUGAGGAGUCAGCAUGGAACAUAUUUGACCUCUUACUGGUGAUGCUGGCAAUCUACGACCAGGUGGUCUACUUCUUUUGGCAGGCCGAAGAUAUCACUGGAUACAAUGCCAACAUGAAUUUUAUGAGGUCACUGCGUAUUGUGAAGGUCUCGCGGAUCUUGAGGCUGGUGAGAGUGAUUCGGAUCUUUCGAGACUUGAGAUGUAUGCUCUUCUCCAUUCUUUGGUCCUUCAGCUCCCUAUUCUGGUGUUUGGUGUUGAUCUUCUUUGUAAUCCUGGUCUUUUCGCUACUUCUGGUACAGCUGGUGACCGAAUACAUCGUUCAGCCGGACAUUGACCCUGUUAUGAGGGGAGAGUUCAAGAACUACUUCGGAUCAGUAGAAACCACCAUGGCCACCUUGUACAUGGCUACCACUGGGGGUGUUGACUGGCGGGUGCCCUAUGAGAUUCUCGCCGCUAGCGGCGAACUCAGCUGCGCUGCUUUUCUGGCAUACGUAGCCUUCUUUGAGUUCGCGGUUUUCAACGUGCUAACAGGUGUAUUUGUUGAUCAUGCCAUGAAGGUUUCCGCUGCAGAUCGGGAGCUCGCUCUAGCAGAGCAGAAGAAGAAGGAGCGGACAGAGGCUGAGCGCUUGCGGGACACCUGCCGCCUUAUUGAUGCGGAUGGAGAUGGUAAGAUUUCCUGGCCUGAGUUUCAUGCCUUUCUCCACUAUGAGAAUGGCUAUCGAAAUAUGGCGUCUUUGGGUUUGGACAUUUUUGACUCCAAAAAGUUCUUCAAGAAUUUGAUGGUGAUGACCAACCAGCGAGAGAUUGAGAUUACUCAGUUUGUGUCUGGAUGCAUGAGGAUGAAAGGUGGAGCCACCGGAAUCGAUUUGCACAGCGUCAACUCCGAUCUCGAUUCCCUUCAUCGACGCCAAAGUGAGUUGCAGGGCCUGCUCACCACGGCCGUGCGACUGCUGCAAGACAAGUCCAUCCGGCGAAGGUCGAAGUUGAGCAGCAACUCUCAGGCAGACCUCAACUUCAGCAGCGAGACCUCCGACUCUCCUACGAGGAGGGACACGUACUCCGUUGCGCCAGAAGGUUCUCCAGUUGAGGCCUAUGCACUUCGACCGGUCCGUGCAGGAGCUCUGCUGCGGAGCGUCUCGGGAUUAUCUCAAAGCAGCCAUCCCACGGGCAUCAGCAUCCUCGCGCUCCAGGAGGAGCCAGAAAGAAGCACAAAGCUUUCCAUGUGAAACGAUGUUGAGCUGAAUUGGUUUUGGUGAGUGAUAAGAGAACGGAACGAGCCGCUUUGUUGACAAAACGUUGGCC